UUAGGUUAUGUAUAUAACCCACAGAGAUAAAAAAUUGUAUAAAACGAUAAUCCUUUAAAUAAUCUAAUCUAGCUAAUUUAAAUAAUAUAUUUUAUUUUAACGUCGAUUUCACUUAAAAAAUGUCUGGAAUAUUCAAACAUUUUUCGAUAGUUCGUACAAUUAUAUUUAAACCCAACUCUUUUUUGGACUUGAAAUGUUUAACCACAUUUACAAAGACAAAAACACACUUUUUCCUUCAACAGAAUUUUAGAAAAGCAAAACCAAUGUUAAUCCACGGAAAUAAUCAAGACAAACCAUCCUCGUUACAGUUAAAAAAACGUCCGUUGAAGAAGAAGCAUAAUCUUGUGAAUGACGAAGAAUUGGCUAGUAAAUCAGGGAAUUUAUUUAAUGUUUCCGCGUUUUCUACAGCGGGUGAAUACGAUUUAGAAAAGCUAUUUCUUGGCAUGAAACAACAACAGUUAUAUGAACCAAAAUUUGUGAAUAACACUGAUGUAGUUCAUGCUAAGAAUAAAGUGGGGUUAGAAUCACAAGAUCUAUUUUUUUUCCGAGAGGGUACCGUUGUAAUGUGGAACUUACCCCAAAAAGAAAUUGAAAAUGUUUUGAAUUUUGUUAACAAUUUCCAAUCUGACUCUUAUUCGGAAAGUUUAAUACAAAGCGAAGCUGAGAAAAUGAAUUAUCGAUGUGAACAAGAUGGAAAAUCAACUUUAACAUCCAGUGGUGAAAUUUUAAUACCAUCCAAAGAUAACUUGUUAGAAAAAUACACAUUUUCAAACGCAAUAGCUCUUUCUGUCAAAUUAGGUUGUUGGGAAUCAUCUUUACAACGAUUCAUUGACACGAUAGAACCCAUAACGGACGAUUUAAAGUGUGGUAGGACAAUCAAGAUGAAACGAGCGGACGUUUUGAGAAAACACGGCGAACUAUUCGCGCUUCGACAUGUGAUUAAUUUAAGCUCGGAUUUAUUAGAUACCCCCGAUUUUUAUUGGGACCAAGAUCGACUCGAAGUGCUUUAUUCCCAUGUUUGUGCUUAUUUUAGUAUUACAAAGCGUACGCGGGUGAUGAACGAAAAAAUUAAUCAUUGCGUCGAACUUAUCGAGUUGUUAUCGUCGCAUUUAAGUGAUAAUCAUCACGUUCGAUUGGAAUGGAUGGUGAUUGUGUUGAUUAUGAUUGAGGUAGGGUUUGAGAGUUUGCAUUAUGUUGAAAGAUUGUUGAGCGUAUAAAAGAAAGUAAAAAUUAUUUACGAAAUAAGAAAAUAAAAUGAAAUAUAGGUUAUAACACUUUUUGACAGCAUGUCAAUGUGACGUUUGUAAAAAUCCAAUAAUUCAAAUUUUACCAAGAGUUACCAACUUUAACAAUUCGACAAGUAUUAAUUAACAACAACUUUAUUAUCAUUUUAAUAAUAAUACUCAAUUAAAUUGUAUCAUCACUUUGUGACAAUUUCUUUCUCGGAAACCCACUCUCUAAAAUAGUGCCUUUACGGAUUUUGUAUAAAACUUCUUCCCUCUCCUGCAAUUUGGGGUCGCGUUUAUCCAAAGCCUUUUUAAUAUCAUCGUUACGUUUGUCAAUGGCGAUCAUUAAUCGGUCGUAAAUCGUUUUGUUAUUCAUGUUGCGUAAAAAGUCGCGUUUCGUCAUUCGUAGUAUUUCCGAAAUUUCAAUCGCAACUAUAUUCACGUCGUAAUCCAUGGCAUCCAUAAGAUGGCCGCACCCAAACACGUCCCCAUCCUCUAAAUGGCAAAUUUCGAGCCCGCUUGUAUGCACCAUCGCCACAGUUCCAUGAGAGAUGAUGUACCAAUACUCCAACGGUUUAUGAGCCGAGAUUAUGACGUCGUUUUUGAGAUAAAUCUCCGUGUUUAAACACGCGAUGAUACUCCCAAUCAAUCCUCUGGGUAAUCCUUUAAAAAUUUCAACUUUUCCGAUUAAAUUUCUUGACGUAUACAAUGUGAUUUCGUGCCGGAGGUGAUCUGAGAGCGUCGCCAAAAUCGCUUCAGUUCUAAAAUAGCGUUUUUGAAAGCGAUAUUCGCAAUACCUCGUUAACCGCUUAUUGAUAUUAACGGGCACUCGCUUCGAUCGCAAAUACUCGUAGAGUUGCCUCAAAAGCUCUUCGUAUUUGCUUUCGGCCGCGUUGAUUGUCCCAAUCGCUUGUAAUACAAUCACAAUUACGUAUCCGAAGAACGCCGAGCCCAAUAUGGUGAUUAUUGAAAGCGUUACGUAAUCAAAUUUUGAUUCGGUAGGUGAAAACCCGCCACCUAAUCGAUAAAUGUGGCCCAUACUUACAUGCAAUGACCAAAAGUAUCUCGUCAUCGCAUGAUUGUUUGGGUUGCUGAGAUUCGCGUAUCUAAACCAAGACAUGUUUUUAUCCCCUAAAAUGAUGUAAAGGUGAUCUACUAUUGCCAGUAAACAGGCGCACCAAUGUAACACGAACAACGAUAAGAUUAUGAGCGAGACGAUUUCGUGUUGGGUAUCGCUCAUUUGUAAUAAAUUGGUGAUGUGCCGCGAGUAUUGGAACAUCGUGGGUACGCGAGCGUAAAGCACGAAUCUUUGCAAAAUCACGAUCAUUUUUCCUGUGUCAGACAAAUAUAUCCACCUCGCUGGUAAUGAACUAAAAAAAUCUAGUACGAAGUACGUUUUUAAGUAGUGAAUUGCGAUUUCCUUCGGGCGUAAGACCGCCUCUCUUAUUUGGGGGUUAUGGUAACCGGAUAUGAAACAAAAUACUACGUUGAUUACGAUGAACCAAUUGACGCAGCGCGCGCAUUCGUUGACCCAUCUCUGGUUUUCGGGGUUAUCGUAAAAUAUAAGCGACGCCAUUAUUGGCCAUAUCGAAAAUAUUAUUAGGUACACCAAGCACCAAACUAUUUCCCUGUAAUAAGCGAAUUUGCUAAAAGGGUGAAUUAUGUAAACGGGAACGGUCGAAAUUUGACGUUUCCUUUCGAACAUAAUAGCCGCGCUACUGCGGUAAUGGUGGUUGCAAGAGGGGUGAUCCGAGUAUAACAAUAAAGUUUUUCGAAAUCGUCUCAAGCAUUUCUCCCAUUUCGAAGCGUUCGGAGAAAGUUUUGGGAGGCACGAUUCCGAAUAUUUCCUUAUUGUACACAUGUGCCGAUUGGUUUCUUUGAACGCCCUCUGCAUUUCGAUUAUGUUACUGUCACCUAAAUGUGAAAUGUUAAAUUUCUGAAAUAAUUUUUACAAUAAAUUAUUACCUAUUUACGA